UACCAUUUGCUCUUUUCUAGAAGCAAUUAAAGGACCGUCUAGAAUCGCAAGUCUCCAUGAAAGAGGCCUAUGUCACUAUGAUCCGGGAAGACAAAGACAAGAUGGAGAAAAUGAAAAAAAUGGGGGCUGAGCUGCAGGGGCGAGUGCACAGCGACUUCCAAGCUCUGCAUCACUUCCUGCGGGUGGAGGAGGAAGCCAUGUUGGAGGAGUUGAGCAGGGAGCAGGAGGAAAUGCUGCAGAGGCUGGAGCGACAUCUGGAGGCCCUACAGGUGGCCAUCAGAGACGUGGAGCAGAACAUCAACAUGCUACGACAGACUGCCAGCAGCACAGACCAAUCUGUACUUGUAGAGCUUCCAGAAUUGAAUUCCAAAUCGCCUCUGCAAGAGCUGAAUAUCAACCUGAAUACUUUCAGAAGCAAACACAUUGCUCCUCUUCAAUACACUAUGUGGCGAAAAAUGUUUCAACAUUUGAAUCCAGCCCCCCUUGGGGCAGCAAAGGAUUCGGUGAUUUGUCGAAUGGCACAGUGGGCUCAUGGUAUAGGGAUCCACGAGUGGAAUUUCAGUGCAGCAUCAGUACGAGGUGUGAGCAUCUCCAAAUUUGAUGAGCGCAGCUGUUUUCUGUAUGUGGUGAACAACUCAGAAGACUUCCAAAUCUAUUUCUGCACAGAGAUGCACUGCAAAAGGUUCUGUGAUCUGGUAAACACUCUCACUGAGGAGGCCUGGAAAGGCUCAGAAGAGACUGAGUGUGAAUCAGAGGCUUUAGAGUAUGAUUAUGAAUACGCUGAGCAUGGAGAGAGGGUGGUUCUGGGUAAGGGCACAUUUGGGGUAGUCUAUGCCGGUCGUGACCUCAGUAACCAGGUGCGCUUAGCCAUCAAAGAGAUUCCUGAACGGGACAGUAGAUAUUCACAGCCUCUGCAUGAAGAAAUCGCCCUGCAUAAACACCUCAAGCACAAGAACAUCGUGCAGUACCUAGGCUCCAUCAGCGAGAACGGCUUCAUCAAGAUCUUCAUGGAGCAGGUGCCUGGAGGCAGUCUGUCAGCAUUGCUCAGGUCAAAGUGGGGUCCUCUAAAAAACAAUGAGCCAACUAUCGGUUUCUACACCAAACAGAUAUUGGAGGGUCUAAAAUACCUGCAUGACAACCAGAUAGUUCACAGAGACAUUAAGGGGGAUAAUGUCUUGAUAAACACCUACAGUGGAGUUUUGAAAAUCUCUGAUUUUGGAACGUCCAAACGUCUUGCCGGGAUAAACCCCUGCACCGAAACCUUUACUGGUACGUUACAGUACAUGGCCCCUGAAAUCAUAGAUAAAGGGCCGCGUGGGUACGGCAAGCCAGCGGACAUCUGGUCUCUGGGCUGCACCAUUAUAGAAAUGGCUACUGGGAAACCGCCCUUCUAUGAGCUGGGGGAACCGCAGGCAGCAAUGUUCAAGGUUGGGAUGUUUAAAAUCCACCCGGAGAUUCCUGACUCUAUGUCCACUGAAGCCAAAGCAUUUAUCCUGCGCUGUUUCGAGCCUGACCCAGACAGCCGAGCCACGGCCAAUGAUCUACUCACCCACGAAUUCCUCACUGUUACAUCACGCAAAAAACGAUCAAAGAACAGCAGUUUCACAGCUCUUACACCAGGACCUGAGUAUUUGCGUAGCAUAUCUCUUCCCGUCCCCGUUGUGGUUGAGGACACCAGCAGCAGCAGCGAAUACGGAUCUGUCUCACCUGACAGUGAGCUCUGCACAAACCCCUUCAUCUUCAAACCUAGCACCAAGUGCUACAGUGAGAGAGAGGUCAAAGGUCACCGCUCCCUCUUCCUGAGUAUUCCUGUGGAGAACUUUGAAGACCACAGCGCACCACCUUCCCCAGAAGAGAAGGACUCUGGUUUCUUCAUGCUGAGGAAAGACAGUGAAAGGAGAGCGACUUUACACCGAAUCCUGACUGAGGACAAAGAGAAAAUAGUGCUUCACCUGCUAGAAGCGCUCACACAGGGGUCUGAGGAGACCAAACUGAAGCAUCAGCAUAUCUCCACACUGGUUGCAAGUCUGGGAGAUUUUGUGAGGAUGGUGGACAGAAAAAUAAUUGCCAGCACCCUCUCUCAGCUCAAACUAGAGCUUGACUUUGACAGCACAGCGAUCAGCCAACUCCAGGUGGCGCUCUUCGCCUUCCAGGAUGCGGUAAAUAAAGUCCUUCAUAACCACAACAUAAAGCCGCACUGGAUGUUUGCCCUGGAUAACAUCAUUCGAAAGGCUGUACAGACUGCCAUCAUCAUAUUAGUACCUGAAUUGCGGCCACACUUCACGCUGGCGUCUGAGAGCGACCCCGCUGAGCAAGAGGACAUUGAUGACGACACAGUUCCUCAGGGGAACGCUGCCCUUAAGGAUAGAGCGCCACCUAUCGCUCAUCAUGACGACACUGUGGCCACAUCUGGAGUGAGCACGCUCAGUUCAACAGUUUCCCAUGAGUCUCAGAGCGCUCAGCGAUCGAUUAGCAUGGAGCUGGGUCGCAUGAAGCUAGAAACCAAGAGGUUGUUGGAGGAAUUAAUAGAGAAGGAGAGAGAGUAUCAGGCCAUCGUACAGCAAGUGCUGGAGGAGAGAGAACAGGAGAUCAAACUACUGAAGUGUCGAUCCGGGCCCGCAGGUUAGUCUAAUACACACACACACGCA